AUAUUUAAACCUGUCAGUGUCCCUCAGAACUCAGUUACUUGUCAGGUACUCGCUAAGGCAGCCAGCUGUGGGCAAAGUAGUUCUGAAAGGAAAUUUCUUUGCCACACUCGCAUCAGCAACCUACCUUAAAGAUGUCGUGGAACAACGCAGCCAUGGCUAAUAACGCCCUCCCAUCCACCAAUCCCUAUGGGAACUACACAGUGGUUGACACUGUGCCAAAGGAACUUCUCCAUAUGGUGGAUUCCCAUUGGUACCAGUUCCCCCCCAUGAACCCACUCUGGUAUAGCCUCGUUGGUUUCUGGAUGGUAGUAAUGGGAUGUCUCUCCGUUGCCGGUAACUUCGUCGUCAUUUGGGUCUUCAUGAACACCAAAUCUCUCCGAACACCUGCUAACCUUUUGGUCGUUAACCUGGCUAUGUCUGACUUUCUGAUGAUGUUCACAAUGUUCCCACCCAUGGUCAUCUCUUGCUACUGGCAGACCUGGACUCUUGGAGCAUUCUUCUGUGAGAUCUAUGCUUUCCUUGGUUCUCUGUUCGGCUGCGUUUCCAUCUGGACCAUGGUCUUCAUCACUGCUGACCGAUACAAUGUCAUCGUUAAGGGAGUGUCUGCUGAGCCUCUGACCUCUAGUGGUGCCAUGGCAAGAAUUGGUGGCACUUGGGCCACUGCUCUUGCUUGGUGCCUUCCUCCCUUCUUCGGCUGGAACCGUUAUGUACCUGAGGGCAACAUGACUGCCUGUGGUACUGACUACCUGACUGAGACUGAACUUUCCAAGAGCUACCUGUACAUUUACUCCGUCUGGGUGUAAGGCUGUUGCUGCUCACGAGAAGGGAAUGCGCGAACAGGCCAAGAAGAUGGGAGUCAAGUCCUUGAGGAGUGAGGAAGCCCAGAAGACCUCUGCUGAGUGCCGUCUGUGCAAGGUUGCUCUCAUGACCGUCACCCUGUGGUUCAUGGCCUGGACCCCCUACUUCAUCAUCAACUGGGGAGGCAUGUUCAACAAGCCCAUGGUUACUCCUCUUUUCUCCAUCUGGGGCUCCGUCUUCGCCAAGGCCAACGCCGUCUACAACCCUAUUGUGUAUGCCAUCAGCCACCCCAAGUACCGAGCUGCUCUUGAGAAGAAGCUGCCCUGCCUUGCUUGCGCUACUGAGGGCCAAAAUGGCUCUGAUGCCAGUUCCACUAACACCGCUCAGGUCUCCGAGAAGGCCGAGUCUGCUUAAAAGGACGGCAAAACUGACAGGAAUCUCAAUAUUUCACCCUUGCAUUUUAAAAUCCAAAAGAAAAAAUCUAUUAUGUUACCCAACCUCCACGACUCUAAAUAUACCCAUUUAGCAAA